AUGGUUCGAACAAUCCAAUGCACACCUCAUGCCGGUCUCCCCAAGGUCUGGCUUGGAUUCGGCGAGAUUGGACACCGCCAGUCUCAACUCCAAGCAAAGCAAGACUCUUACUUCAAUCAAAUUGCCCCAGAUAUCAGAUUCGUGCAUCGCGAUGACCAGGUAAGCUUCUGGGAUCUCCACCGUGACGUCUUGUUCCGACAAGCCCAAUGGUUUCCUUGGAAGUACAAGGACCAAACCGUUCGUGAAUUUGUCCUGCCAUCUAUUGUGCAGUUAGAUCAAGUCCCCAAGCUCAUGCAGUUCCUCUACACUGGAGAUUACUCAAUCGAGCGAGAGGACCUCCGUCGUUAUAAGAUGUCAGAGAACCCUCAGGCAUGUAUUAACUGCCCCCAGCUGGCUACGUUGCUGUAUAUCCAUUCGGACAUGGUCCGCACUGCUAGUUUCCUUGGAAUUAAGGAUCUUCAGACUUUGGCCUUUGUCCGGUUCCGAGCCCUCCUCGACGCUGCCCCUGUCAGUGUUCUGCGCCACGCUAUUCGCCAGGUGUAUAGCCAUGGCCGUAUGUGCCCUGCUACACAUCACUCCAAUGGAUUCCCCAUGUUGUCAAUGGCCAGCUGUGACUACCGGCCUCAAAUGGUGCUUCCUGCUGUUCUCCGUUGGUGUGGAUACUACCGUCUGCACCCCGAAUGGAUUUUUGUAAAUGGUCGUCUGAAGCAUUUUGGUGAGCAGCAGUUCACUCAACUGCGCCAGAACUUGCCUGAGUUUGAUGCUCAUCUGACUCGAGGUCUAUUUUUGGAUACUAUUGACGCGACUGUACCAAUAAUGCUCUUGUACGGCGAGUCUCGACCCAUUCGAACCGUUGAUCCGACUAAUCGACCUGAGAUCAUGUCAAUGAAGUCGAACACAUGUCGAUCAAACUACCAGUACGCCACCUUCUUGCAGCCGCUGCCUUUCGAGAGCCCUAAGAAUAUGCAGGAGCAGGAGCUGGUCGACUCUGAUACGGAGAUGUCUAACUCGCCCGAGGAUGACCAGGAACCGCUCCUGGAAGAGGAGGAGUGUCAGCAAUCCCUCUCUGCGAACCGUCGCAUCACUAGGUUAAUGGCUAGAAUGACUAACAAGAAGUCGGCAAUUGCGGCUAACACAAAGUUGCGAGUUGCAAAGAAGCAGCAAAAGACUACAAAGAGCGUAGUGCGACCUCCAAAGAACUUCACUCCGGCUCAGGCUACUCGUUUUCUCGCUCAAACACAUUUCAAUAAUUUCCGAUCUGCGAAAACACUAGAUCGGUCUCAAUCCAAUUUCCCUGCUGCUACUACUGAUAAUAGUCACUCCCACAUCCCCACACUUGAAGAGGUCAACGCUGACAAUCAUCUGCAGAACAUUGGCACUAAUAUCGAUCUGGAUAACGUUCGCUGGACAGAGUAUCUGAAUGCUCCUCUCACGGUAGCUCAUUUGGCACUGGCAAACAAAGGCCUGCAGACUGCUGUGGCCCGGAUCCCCAGCUUACCUGCUAAUGAUUUUGGUAGCGGGCUGCAGAACUUGGCCAGCCACAGAGACAACCACAUCUUGAAGAACUUGUUCAACGGCCCAAGUGAACCAAGGCUUACUGGAGUGGAUGCUCUGCUUAAUGCUUCCCCUACCUCCUUGAACACCUCCCUGAAUGACCUCGCUAACCUUGACAUCCAGGUGUCUAACAAACCCAUUGGGAACCUACCCGAUGUAGACCUUCACGACUGGUUUAGCUCCGAGGUUCUGAGCAAGUCAGAGGCUAAUAUCUCAGGUGGUAUCAUCUUCCCAGGCAUUGACCAUACCGGCGUUGGCCUUAGCCUUCCCGCCAUCACGCAAGAAAUUUCCCCAGAGUGGACAACCAGCGAAGAAGUCACCAUCUUCCGCAUGCACGCCCCAGAGCGAGAGAAAAUCCUCUGGCCUGACGAGAUUAACCUCGAUUUCCGAAAUGGAACACAGGCGCCAGCUCAAGACUCCGGCUUUGACGACUUUGAGAAAACAUUCUGGAACGACACCGUUGGACAUGGACUGACUUGGGUUCCGGCCGGCAUGUCUCACCACGAUUACUGUAUUGACCUUUUGUGCCAGAUCCUUGAAAUGCUUGAGGAUGAUGGUUUGACUACUCGGCCUGAAGCGAUGGUUAACUACAUGAUGCAGAUUUUCCCUGAUGUUGAUAUGUCGGUGAUGGUUCAGAACUUGAUCGAUGCUCUCCCUGAAGAGUAUAAAUUUCCCAAUAUUGCACUCCGUGACAACACUUAUACUGAGCAGAAUGCGCAGAGCAGUGGCUCAGAGCAGUCUGAGACUCUGACUGAUCAGAUUGAGGCUUUAACUGAUGCUGAUCGGGCCGAGUAUGGCUCCGAUGCAAGCUCUUUCGAAAAUAGUGAGUGA